UCAAAUGGCAGACACGAGCAGCGACGUCGAAGGAGGGCUUGAACAGACCCAGGGUUACGCCGUGGCCUAUGGCUGCAUCCUGGCACUCGGCCUGCCUCUCAAUGCCGUGUCCCUGUGGAUUCUGCUUCGCCGACACAGCCUCAAGUCGCCGAGCGCCGUCUUCAUGGUCAACCUGGCGAUGUCAGACCUGCUGCUCGUCACCUUCCUGCCGACGAGGAUCUACUUCUACUGGACAGGCACCUGGCCUUUCGGCAGAAUGGCGUGCCUCAUCAUCCAAAUGCUCUUUCGCAACAACAUCCGCUCCAGCUCCAUCUUCAUCACCUUCAUCAGCGUGGACCGGCUGCUGGCUAUAGUUUACCCACUGAGGUCACGCCAUCUGCGAACCUCGUCCAACGCCUGGAAAGCGGCUGCAGUUCUUUGGCUUUUUGUGGUGCUGACGAACAUCCCGGAGAUUAACGUCUUUCUGCGACAUUCAAACGACAAUGAUACAUCUACUUGUUUUAAAUUUCUUCAAAGGAGUUCAGUUAGAUCUGCCGCUGCUUACCUGCAGCUAGUGGUUGUGUGCGUCUUGCUGGCAGUCAACAUUGUGUGCACCGCCAUGGUGUUGUGGACUCUACGCAGCCACCUUAGUGCCUCUGCAAGGGUUCAGAACAAGGUAAAUGUAAUGCUGAUUUUUGCCAUUAAUUUUGUUAUGUUCACUAUAUGUAUCUUGCCUGUCUCACUUGGUGUUACAAUAAGCUACAGCCGUCGGGUUUUAAUGCCCAUGGUAUGUCUGGCCUCUGUGAACUGCUGUCUCGAUCCCCUAUUGUAUUAUUUUUCUUUUGAUGCUUUCUGGAAGAAAAAAGAGAACAACUCACAGGCUAUAGCUCUGUGAAUUCUCAAUGUGGCCGUGUCAUUGUGAUUUUCCAUUUUAGUAGCAGUCUGUUUGCGCGUGAGAUGCUCUUUUGGCUCCAAGACUCUGUUAGAUGGCCUCAGGAAAGACACCAACAGCGGUAAAACGUGAGGAGGCAGAGAGAAAAAUGCUUUUUGUGCUUAUGGGCUGGCACAUGCAUUAAAAAAAGGUUGCCUUUUGGAUGAGAAAAAAAAUUCUAAUAUUGUAAAUUUUUAUCUGUUUUCUAUUACUGUAAACUAUAAUUAUUAUAAUUGUCUACUUUAGUAGAAAUCAUGUUGUGAUUGCUUCACACAAUACCUUGGCUUAUCUCCGUUAUGCGUUCUGUACAUUGUA